AAAUAAACAACUUUUAACAGUAAUGGUGGUGAUUUAGCAAAGCAUGGAGGUGAUCGAAACAAUUGUGAUACAGAGUACUGAGGUGGAGGGAAAGGAGACGGUGGUGUCCAGUGUGGACGCUGAUAAAUCAAAAACAGAGUUUAUAUGGACCCUGCAGGCCACAUGGCACCUUGUCAACAUUCGGCUGGAGAUGGAUCAGGCUUUCGACCAGCCAGUGUGCAAGAAAAAGAAACUUUGGGAGAUGGUGGCAGUGAGGGUGAACGCCAAACUGAGGGAGUCCGAGGUCAUUGACGUCACCGUGAAGGCUUACGAGUGUGACCUCAAGUGGAGAAACAUGCUGGCCACGUACAGGAAGAACGCAGAGAGGGCCAAGAGGCUGGGAGCGACCAGCGUCCACUGGGAGUUCUUCAAGGCCAUGCACGAGGUCCUGGGCAAGAGCCGGGAGGAGAUCGAAGCGCAGCGGCAGGCCAAGCUCAGCGGGACGAGAGUGGGCAAGGCCAUCGCCAGCAAAAGAUUCACCCCGAUCCUCCCCACGCCUCCCAUGACAGCCGCUCCCUGCUCCUCGCGGCCUCCGCAGGACAUCCUGCAGCUGUACAUGGAGCUGCAGGAGAGGAAGAUGAACAUGUGGGCCCAGCAGAAAGCUCUGGAGGAGAGGAAGAUAGAUGCCAUCAACAACUUGGCCCAGGCCAUCUCCAGCCUGGCUCAGAAGAACAGCACACAGACGCCCAAAGACGGACCCUAGACUGGAGACGUGAAGCAGAUCUAGACUUUUGAUUUGUGCCGUUUUGCUGUUACCAAAAACUUUUCUGAUACUGCACGAAGAAAACUG